AUGGCGAAGUCAGGCAAGAAGGGCAAGAAGGCCGAUAACAACAAGCCAAAGAAUAAAAAGGGCAAGGGGCAAGAGACACCAGAGGCCCCUACACCUCAACCUGAACCCUCUACCCCCGAGCAAGAAGAGCAACAAGUACCAGAGGUAACGCCUGUGCCUGAUACUGUCCCUGACUUAACAGCGGAUCUUGCCCCCGAACCAGGGCCACAGUCUUCUCCAGAAUCCAGUUCAGGACUCGAGUCCGCCCCCGAACCAGAGUCAGAGCUGGAACAAUCACAGACUCUUGUCGAGCCAUCCUCGACAUUGACCGAAACUGAGCUAUCACUUGAAUCCUCAAAAGAAAAUGAGGACAUUUUCACCCAGGUAACCAGUCCUGGCACUCCCACCAGUGAGCAAACCGGGUUCAGCUAUGUCCACCCCGAGACAUCUCAUGAGCCUAGCCAGGAGGACCUAAGUGCAUCGGAUAAAUUUUACAACGUCGGAGCCCCUCACGACCACAACGACGAUCUAGAUAGACAAAGCGGUACUGUUGAUGCGCCUGAGCCAACACCGGUUACAGCGCCACAGUCGCCUUUCUUCCCUUCCUCACAAGAGACUUCCGCUGGCGCAUGGACGGCUUGGGACGAAGAGCAUCAGCCUGAAGCACAGUCAACUUCACAGGUGAUUGAACCUGAGCCUGAACCAACGACGGAAGUUAAGCCUGAGAUCGAGCCUGAGACUGAGCUUGAGCUUGAGCUCCAGGAACCCCUAGUACAGGAGGUUACGCCGCCUGCUUCCAAGCCUCAAUCUCCCGAACCACGGACCAUUUCACCGUCCUUGAAGUCCGCUUCGCCAAUUCCACGAGCAGCGUCACCCACUACAAUGCCUCACGGGGGUUCUCCAAUGACCUCGCCUAUACCCCCUCCAGCUGCUCCCACGCCACCACUAGCAUCACCUUCAUCCUACGGUUACUCUCCCGUAAAGGAGCCCGGUUUCGCAGUCCCAAAAGCGGGUCCUCCCACGCCACCAGGUGCUUCACCUAUAUAUCAUGCAGCAUAUCCCAUCGACCAAUCCUACUCCCCUCGCCAGAAGAUCGUAUCCCCUCUACAGAAAUACGCUUCUCCUGUACGCAAGGCUUCGUCUCCAUUACCCAAAGUCAGCAGCCCUCUAGCACACCCUUACGCCUCGCCCGUGAUGGCUCCUCAUUCUAUGCCAAUGCCGCCACCAAUGGCUCCUUCUAUGCCCCCUUCAAUUGCGGGUGGUUAUGCCACGGCUUAUCAAUCCCCUGUAAUGAGUUCACCCGCCUAUAUGCCUCAAUAUGCCUACUACCAGCCCUCGCCUCAGAUGCACCCGAAUUCUCGAGGCUCUAUGGGCCCUCCUCAUAGUGGAGGAUCAUUCGCUGGUUUGAGAGACUUAGCCUACAUGAACGGUCACGGUCACGAACAUCUUCAUAAUGGCAAAGGAGGGCCCAUGGGCCCCCUGGAACAUGAAGAACCCAUUGAAUUGUUGCAAAGGAUUCAGGAUGCCAUCCCGGAUAUUAACCGACUGCUGGGUAGUUACAAGAAUACGAAAACCAAGCUGCAGUCUCGUGAAGCAGAGUUCAAGCAAAUGGAGAGUCAGCAUAAACAGGCACUAAUGCACAAGGAUUUCUUUGUCGAAGCGUUACAAAGUCAACUGCGUAAAGCAGCAAACGAAAGUGCAGAGGAGGCCAAAAGGUUGAAGAACAUGAUCAAUGAGCUCCGUAUGGAACUCGGAAAUCUGGAAGAAAAGCGAAAGGAUUUUGAGGAAAAGCUGACAGAAUCCGAGGCGUCAGUCAAGAAGCUGGAACAGACAAAAGACGAGCUUGAAAACCAAAUCCAAGAGGAGCGCGAAGCACAUUCAGAGGCAUUGGAGAAGCAACGGGCAGAAAAAGAAAUCGAGAAGGAAGAGGCUCUUGCAGCACAGAAGCAUGAGCUCACUGGAUUCUUUGAAGAGAUCAAAGCCGAAGAUGAGAAAGCGGCAGCAGACGCUCUAGCUGCUCGCGAGGCCGAAUUGACGGAGGAGAAAGAAGUCAUGAGAGCAGAUUACGAGCAGCAGAAGCAGCAGAUGCAAGAAUCGCACGACGCUCUCCAAGCAGACUUUGAUUCCAAGUUGGCUGAGCUCGCUUCGACCAAGGAGGAGCUUGAGCAGAAACACCAAGAAUUGGAAGACACUAGGACUCAACAUGCUCAGGAGCUCGAGGAGCUCCAUCAGACUCAUGCAGACAAAGUGGCUGGCAUGGAGGCCGCGUUCAGCGAGAAGGAGCAGCAUUGGAACGAGGAGAAGACGGGUUUGGAAACCCAGCUUUCCGAGAAAUCCGAAGAGCUUGCCAACUCCGAAAGGGAGAAUAAACGGCUAUCCGAGGAUGUUAUCGCCAAAGAGAAGCAGCUUGAACAUUCAGUUGAUAGCAUGCGCCUCACGAUCGACGACCUAGACAAGGACUGCGACAGGUUGAGGAAGACCCUACAUAGCUUAGGAGAAGCCACUGACCUCAAAAGCACGAAAGGCGAUUCAUUCUUUUUGGACUGCUUCGGUCAACUUUCUCGUCUUAUUGUUACUCUGUCUAAGGACCACUUCUCGUACCUUCCAAUUGAUCCUCCCAAGGAAAUCCUCUCCAAGCUUCCACCAGAGCUACCUUCGUUCCUUGAUAACACCCCAGCGUCGCGCGAGCUGCGUUCAGCGUAUGUGCAACAUGUCGUUUCAAAGACUCUAACGUACCGUAUCUUCCACCCAUUCUUGUUCACUCUAGGACGGAGGUAUGAUAAGGCCGAUAUUCUGUUCCAGAUGCUUUCGAUGGAUAUCCGACGAAAGUCCGUCAGACGUGAAGCCUUCUGGAGACAGCAGACAUUGAAGGCAGCAUACACGACAUCUGAUGCGAAAGAAUCGAUUAAUGUGGUGGCUGCGGUGAUCGUUGAUGAGAUCAGUAACCACCUGAAGCAUUUCGCGGACCCAAAACAGAUAGAUUCUCUCCUCACGGGCAUCCGAAAAAUCGUGAAGCUGGCUGCCGAGACCUGGCGACAUGCGCGUGUUGAAAGAGAACUCAUCUUGGCUUCACUUCCCGCUCCCGAGGCGAACGGCGUCUCCAACGAAGACUGGGACGAGUACGGAGCUACGAGAGAUGGAUCAGUCAGCCCCCCCGGAGGAGAUCCCGCUCGCCAUGUUGUUCUCCGACCUUUCCCUCGCAUUAUCCGCGAGGCCGCCCACGAGGACUUUGUGGGAGACGAAGAAAAGGCGAACCCUUGCACUUAUUCCUGCGGUAAAGUCCUGUAUUCGGAUUCGCCCAUCAUUAUUGCGCGUCUCCAGGAACUUGCAAAAAAGUCCACCGAUGCACUGGCCAACGGGGACGACUCGCCCCGGAGGGGUUCAAGAGCGUCCAACCGCUACGAGCCCGCCUCCCCACAAAGAAGCAAGGAAGAGUUGCAUGAUGGGAACCUGUUCACUGCAGGGGAAGAUGCAUUCUUCAGGCGCUCAGGGGACGACAACUGCGCGACUGCAUAG